GCUUUUUAAGGCGCUCUCCAAAGCAGGCGCUCCCGGGACGCCACACUCAACCUGCAGACCGACCUCGCGCCUCGCCGGACAGCCGGCCCGCUCAGGACGGCAGCGCUCCCGGUGCAAGCGGCCUAGCGCGGGGCAGCUCGCACCCGCCGUCGCUCGCACACCGAGUUUCUCUCGGCCACCAGAUUUCGGCCCCCCCCCCCGUCCCCGCACACGCUUUUCCCGCUCCGGCCUGGCCCGAGCAGCCCGCCGAGCCCGGAGGAGUUGCGGUGCCGGCCCGGCCGCCCUCGAUGCCGGCGCUCGCGCCGUGUAAGAGAGGGAAAGGGGAGGGAGCGCUGCGCGCGCGCGUCCCCGCCCGCUCCGCCAUCCACCCGCCGCCGGAAUGUGGAAGGCGCUGGCCCGGCCCUGAGGCGGCUGCGCGGCCCGCCGAGCCGUUCUCGCCCGGCCUCUCUCUUCUCAGCUCCCCUGCGCAGUGGGCUGGUGGCGGAGCCAGGCGGGAGGACGGGCUGGAGGCGGUGGCAGAGCGGGGAGGACGGCUUGGCUGCUGCCGGUGGGAGAAGGGGACGCUGCCUCGGGCUUCCUUCGCUGAGGUUCUUGUGGCAGGAGAAGAAUACUGACCUGAGAUGGAAGUCAAAACAUCAUUUAGCAAAGCCCAUAGGAUUCCUGAAACUGUAUCCACAUUAAUUAAUGAAGAAUUUGUCCUGGUUCAUCAGCAAUCUGAGGACACUUCUGGAAAAGAUGAAAAACCUCAGCUAAAGGUAUUUUCCAAUGGAGAUGAUCAGCUGGAGAAGGCAAUGGAAGAAAUACUGAGGGAUUCUGAGAAAGACCAGAACAGUUUCACUGCUCUCCGAGAAAGUUUCAGCAAUGCAAGCGGCCAGGCAGCUGGGGAUGAGUCAGCAGGUCAAACAAAUCAGCCAUCUUUGCACCUUGUUUUAGACCCUUCUACUACAGAAAUCUCUGCACCAAAACCAUCUUCUCCUGGUGAACCCCUGGAAGAGGACAGCGUAUUGUUUAACAAACUGACUUAUUUAGGUUGUACAAAGGUGUCUGCCCCUCGAAAUGAACCGGAAGCUCUACAUGCCAUGGCAAACAUGAAGUCCUCAAGUCAAGCCCCUUUAUCUGUAACGCUUUACGUUCCAAACAUUCCAGAAGGCUCAGUAAGAAUAAUAGAUCAAUCAAGCAAUGUGGAGAUAGCCUCUUUUCCAAUCUAUAAGGUGUUGUUUUGUGUGCGUGGACAAAAUGGGACCUCAGAGAGUGACUGUUUUGCAUUUACUGAAAGUAGCUGUGGAACAGAAGAGUUCCAGAUUCAUGUUUUCUCCUGUGAGAUUAAAGAGGCAGUCAGCCGAAUUUUAUAUAGUUUCUCAACAGCAUUCAAACGUUCUUCCAAACAAGCAUCUGAUCAUGUUAAGGACUUUGUUCUUCCUACUCCAGAUAGUGAUGUUUACACUUUUAGUGUUUCCUUAGAAGUAAAAGAAGAUGAUGGAAAAGGAAAUUUUAGCCCUGUGCCAAAGGAUAGAGAGAAAUUGUAUUUCAAGCUUAAACAGGGAAUUGAGAAGAAAGUGGUGAUUACAGUUCAGCAACUCUCGAACAAAGAACUGGCCAUUGAGAGAUGCUUUGGGAUGCUACUAAGCCCUGGACGAAAUGUGAAGAACAGUGACAUGCACUUACUAGACAUGGAAUCCAUGGGAAAGAGUUCCGAUGGGAAGGCUUAUGUAAUUACUGGAAUGUGGAAUCCUAAUGCACCCAUGUUUCUAGUACUUAAUGAGGAAACUCCUAAAGAUAAGCGCGUAUUCAUGACUGUGGCAGUGGAUAUGGUCGUUACUGAAGUAGUGGAGCCAGUCCGGUUUUUGCUGGAGACUGUUGUCCGUGUGUAUCCUGCCAAUGAACGCUUCUGGUACUACAGCAGAAAAACCUUCACAGAAACUUUCUAUAUGAAGCUAAAACAGUCUGAAGGAAAAAGCCACGCAAGUGCUGGGGAUGCAAUUUAUGAAGUUGUCAGUCUACAAAGAGAAUCUGCAAGAGAGGAAGAAUUGGUCAGCCCGACGAGUGGAGGAGGGCCUAUGUCAUCCCAGGAGGAUGAGGCAGAAGAAGAGAGUGAUAAUGAACUCUCCAGUGGCACUGGUGAUGUGUCAAAGGAUUGUCCUGAGAAGAUUUUGUAUUCCUGGGGAGAAUUACUGGGGAGAUGGCACAAUAAUCUUGUUGUGAGACCAAACGGAUUAUCUACCCUGGUGAAAAGCGGUGUUCCAGAAGCACUAAGGGCAGAGGUUUGGCAGUUGCUGGCAGGAUGCCAUGACAACCAGGCAAUGCUGGAUAAAUAUAGAGUUCUCAUCACAAUGGAUUCUGCUCAAGAGAGUGUCAUUACACGAGAUAUUCAUCGUACAUUUCCAGCACAUGAUUAUUUCAAAGAUACAGAAGGAGACGGUCAGGAAUCUCUAUACAAAAUCUGUAAGGCAUAUUCUGUCUACGAUGAAGACAUUGGCUAUUGCCAGGGACAGUCUUUCCUUGCAGCUGUGCUUCUACUUCAUAUGCCAGAGGAGCAGGCAUUCUGUGUAUUUGUGAAAAUAAUGUAUGACUAUGGCUUGAGGGACCUCUACAGAAAUAACUUUGAAGAUCUCCAUUGCAAAUUUUUCCAGCUGGAGAAGUUAAUGCAGGAGCAGUUACCCGACUUGUAUGGCCAUUUCUCGGACCUCAAUUUGGAAGCUCAUAUGUAUGCAUCCCAGUGGUUCCUCACUCUUUUUACUGCCAAGUUUCCGCUCUGCAUGGUCUUCCACAUCAUCGACUUGCUACUUUGUGAGGGUAUGAACAUAAUCUUCCAUGUAGCCUUGGCACUCUUAAAGACCUCAAAAGAGGACCUUCUACAGGCUGAUUUUGAAGGAGCUUUAAAAUUCUUCAGGGUUCAGUUGCCCAAGAGGUACAGAGCUGAAGAGAACGCCAGGAGACUGAUGGAACAAGCUUGCAACAUAAAGGUGCCAACAAAAAAGCUGAAGAAAUAUGAGAGAGAGUACCAAACAAUGCGAGAGAGUCAGCUGCAGCAGGAAGAUCCUAUGGACAGAUACAAGUUUAUAUGUUUGUAGGUAACUCCCCUGCUGUUGCACUUUUACGGGAGAUCUUCAUGAGACGCAGAAACAAAGGGUGAUUCUCAGCUACAGACACAAAAAGGAGAAAAUAUACAUUGUUCUAGCGCAAGCUGUGUGCAGUGGCAUCCACAGAGACUUUUGGAAGAUGAACUCUUCCUUGGCUGAUAUGAUCCUUGUUAUUCACCUGUUUAUACCAAGCGUUAGUAAUUUUUUGUUAAUCAACUGCCUAGUGCGGUGGGACCCAGAGCUCUCCUGGGGUCUCAAGGUACUACUGCAAUAGAGUUAAGAGUGAUAAAUAUUCUGCUUUAAAGCAGCAGAGAAAUAAAGGUUCGGUUAUUAAUAUGAUAGCUUGAUAGUUCACCAAAAAAGAAUAGUUUUUUAAUUUUGGAUCAGCAUUGCUUAUCUUUCUAAUGUAUUUGCUUUUAUUGUCACUGGUACAUUCUGUUGCCGUCGAUUUUUGUGUGAUGGAGGCUCUGCCUCCCGCUUAGUGUUCAGGAUCCAUUUACUGCUUACCCUGUCUUGAAAAAUCCAGUUUUCUUUAGGUGAAGCUGCCAGAGAUGAAGCACUUUACUGCCCAUUGCCCAGGUUAGCUGGGAACUGACAUCGCUUACGUACACCUGUACUGUUUUCCUGCUGUUCUUCAUUGUGCCUUAACAUGGUAUGUGACAUUGCAGUUGGUACAGAGUCUACAAGGAGCGUGGAGUAGUAAAUAAUCAGACAGUGUGCAACAGGUCUACGUGGUCUGUGAACGUAAGGAAAGUGCACUGUGUUCAGAAAACCACAGUAUGAAAAUCUGUAGUGACAGAGUAUGCCGUAACUCAUAAAUGUGACGAGAUAGUUACAGGUAAAGACAAAGUAAAACUGACUUUUUUUUUUAAGUAUUUACCUGUGAGAAAUUAUGUUUUGAGCGUAGUUCUUUUGAUGUCAAAGGGUGUAGAUUUUAUUGUUUAUGAGAAGUGGUUCUGCUGUCACAGCUGAGAGCCAAUAGUGAGUAAUGACCUAUUUAGAAAAAAAACAUGACUUGCUGCUGACUAUUUUUCCCGUGGUUCACUUAUAGUACUGUGGAAUUAAAAUAAUACUUAGAAAACAAAUAAGGCUUCUUUAAAGCUCUGUGGAAGCAUAUUAACUAGUUAAUCUUGGGCAGUGAAUGGUGAAGAACAUUAUCCCCAAGCUGCAAAUGAGGAUAUAGAAAGUGACUCUUGGGCCACUGUUUAUGUGAGUCACUGUCACAGUCAAGAUCACAGCCCGGGGUUUUGGCUUGCACUUUUGCAACUCACUGGGUGAUUUUUUAAUUAAGCUGGAUUGGGUCUGAUCCUCUUAGCAAUGCUGUGAUUAGAGGGAGUCCCUGUAACUGGUUAGUUGCACAUUAAGUUCAAAGUUCGGACGCAUUCUUCAGCUGAUGGGUGUCAUGGAGAAAUGCUUGUAAGUGCUCUUUGUUCCUUGUCUUGCUUGUUUGGUUUUAUUAGUGUGUCGACCUGAGGUUGGUAGGAAUCGACAUUUCAAGAGUGUUUCCAAAGGGCAGCAAGAAACACAAACUGUGUGGAUUCUCGCAGGCAGAAAGUGGACAGCCAGCUUUACUUGUCACUUAAAUGAUCGCUUUGCAGCCCAUGUGUUUAGAAAUGCAUUUCAUUUUGGCAGCGUGAGUGAUAGACUUUGCCCAGCCAGGCUUGGUUUGGGAAAGGACUGAGUCCAAGCCAGUAUUGCCUCUGAGUGCAGUGGUGCUGCUUAGCUUCCUCUCGCCUUGGGCGCUCUCUUGUGUGGGCUGUGCCCUAAAGGCCUAUGUCGUAAUUUUUGCAGUUUCUCUUCCCAGAUCAAAAUGAGUUUUUGGUUUACUGCCUGGGAAGGGGACGUUUUUUGGAUGGGAUCGCUGGAGUGGAGAUCCCUGCAGAAUAUUAAUCUUGUAGGUCACAAAGAAAACAGGCUUUCAGUCUGUUGAUUGUUCUUAGUUAUAGUUGUUAAGAGUUUUUGUUGUUUGCAGCAUGUUACAGUUUUUACUGCCGGUAGAGAUGUGUCAGGACCACAGAGACACUGGCACUUCUGAGUUGUGGUGAUGAAGGAUGUCUUGAGUAAGACACCUCCCUGUCACCUGGCCCUCAGUGGAAAUGGCUUGGUGGAUUGUUGAGAGAGUAGAUGGGCCACGCGCGGCACCGGGGUGGAGCAGCCAGGCAUGGGUCUUUCACCCUGGCGUCUAGGGAGUUCUAGAGCACAGGAAAGAGAUGCUUCCUGCCUGCGGGCAGCUGGGUUUGUCCCGGUGGGAUGCUCCUCCUGUCCCACCCACCACAAGCUCUCCAGAGACUCCAGAAAAGGUCUGGUUUUGCAAUGUCUGGCCAGCCAUUAACCGCUUGCGUUUUCUUGACAGGUGUGCUACAAUAAGCUGUGUUACAUGUCACAGGAGUUCCUGCCCAGCUCGUAUUUUACAUGUUGACUGUGAUUUGACUUGCCAAAAGAACAGUAUUAAAGAGUGCCAUUCUUUUUAGUGUUUGUUUCCCUCUGUAUUUACAAGUAUUAUUUAGGAAAAGUGUAUUUUUUUUUAUGGACACCUUUUCACUUUAUUUUCCAUUGCUUAUAACAAAUUAUCACUCACCUUUUUGUCAGAUUUUUUUUAAAAGCUGCAAAAGUAAGUAUGUCCUAAAUUGCUGUUUGUCACUGAAUUUCAUGACUUUUAGUUAAAAUAAAUUACAAAUUGCCUAUAGAA